UCAUUUGGUGUGCGACCGUGUGGACAGAUAGCAGUGAAAGUGCGUUCCGUGAUUUCCCGUGGAAAUUGAGUUUAUUCUAUAAAUGGAAUGAAUCGCUUUGCAGUAAAUUCUGCCUCGAUUUGAUAGUGUGAUCGGUACAGAAUAGAAAAAAAACGGGGACACCGCGAAAGGUCGUAUCCUGGCCGGUAUCAAGCUGAUGAAGAAGUCGUAAAUCGCAAAGCCUCCGCAAGGAAGUGCAGUGUUUCGUGCUAUCGCAGUGAUAAUCCAUCGAGUGGAAUAAUUCCUUACAUUGCAAUUUCCCGCCUAUGUCCUGGGAAUGGCCUCGAAUGGCGAUAGUAGCACGACAACGUCAUCGACAGCUGCGGUGACGCGGACUCCGCUAGAGGUCCACGGGGGAAUAUGUCCAGUAUGCAAUCAACCGGCUACGAAGCGCUGCUCUGGAUGUAGUGCCGUGUACUACUGCGGCGUCGAGCAUCAAAAACAGGACUGGAAGAAUCAUAAAAAUGCUUGCCAUCCGUUCAAAAUCUGCAGUGACGAACGAUUCGGACGGUACCUGGUGGCAACCAAAGACAUCAAAGCAGGGGAAAUCGUACUGAAGGAGUCACCGCUGGUGUACGGGCCGGCGCAGGUUACCGCACCGGUCUGUGUGGGGUGUUUGCAGGGACUGGUGGAGAACCAAUUUCUCGAGUGCGAACGAUGCGGCUGGCCGGUGUGCCAACGAAAAUGCCAGGACCAUCCCAGCCAUCAGGCGGAAUGCAAAUUCACUAUUGCCCGUGGAAGCAAGAUGUCGCUGCAGCACUUCUACGUUCCACAUCCGGUCUAUCAAUGCGUGACUCCGCUGCGUUGUCUGUUGCUGGCUGAGACAGCUCCGGCCAAAUGGCAAGAGUUAAUCAAAUUAGAAUCGCACGAGGAACAGCGUCGCGGCUCCAAGCAGUGGCGAGACGAUCGGGAAGGUGUCGCCAAGCUUAUUCCCCGGUUCUUCAAGUGUGAAAGCAAAUGGAGUGAGGAUGAUAUACUGAAGGUGAGUGGCAUCCUGCAGGUCAACGGACACGAGAUUCCACUCACCGAGCCGUCCUCGGUGGCAAUCUAUAGUAAUGCAUCGAUGGCAGAGCACUCGUGUCGGCCAAAUCUGUCGAAAACGUUCACCAAUAAGAAGGAAAUUGUUUUCUGGGCACCGAACUCGAUUAUGAAAGGCGAUCGGCUUAGCAUUUCCUAUUCGGAUGUUCUGUGGGGAACGGUGAACCGGUUGGAGCACUUGCAGCAAACGAAACUGUUUCGAUGCGCCUGUGAAAGAUGCAAAGAUCCGACCGAAUUCGGGACUUAUUUUAGCGCAAUGAGGUGUUCGGGUUUUAAAAAGGACUCAAAUUGCAACGGUUUGCUUUUGCCGGAGGCAUCGAAAACAUGGCACAGCAAUUGGAGCUGUAACAAGUGCAAAGCAGCGGUAGAAUUCAAAGACAUUUGUGCUAUUUUGGAAAGAGCCAAAAUGGACCUUGGUGCGAUGGAAAAGACUAAUGAGCAACAUUGCAACAUGUACAUCAAACAUUACUCCCGCUGGCUAAGCGCAAACCAUCACUACAUUGUGGAAGUGAAAAUUUUACUAUCUCAAAUAAUUGGGAGUGGUACCCCAGAGGCAAUCAAGCACAUCUCGGAUGAAAGUUUGAUGAACAAGAUGAAACUUUGCCAGGAAUUGAUUGGCUUAUUCGAAAAAAUAUGUCCGGCUGAAGCUCGUGCCAUUGGGACAACCCGCUUCGAGCUGCAUGCCGCGUUGGCCGAAUUUGGUCGCAGAGGAGUCGAGGCGAGUAAUCCGGCCGUGAGAAGUGCACUUGAGGACUCACUCUUCAAUGCGACCGAGUGUGUACGGAUGCUUUCGAAAGAGUCCGACGAGAUGCCCGAAAGCCACAUCUGCGAGCAGGCAAGAAUCAAUGCGAAAUCGUUGAUGGUGCUGCUCGGAUUGCAGGACGAAUGAUGGAGUAAUCCACACGGUAUAACUUUCGGGUGUGGUGUCUAGUGAGCUGGUAGUAUUUGAAAUUAGUUGCAAUUGAGACGAAACCAGGUGUUGUGUUUGGUAGAUUUGUUCGAUUUUCUUACAUGUUUGAUUUGAAACCUUGGAACGAGAUGAAAUAAAC